UGAAGCUAACCACGAUAGUGUAUUUUUAAAGUUGGGGGAAAACCCACCGAACUCGUAAUCGGCACCGUAUUGGAUAAACGAAACGGAAGGGUACGAAAAUAUGCGAAGAAACAUUUUUGAUAUCGACUUUCGAGUUAAACUUCCACAGAAUGACACCCUCUGCUACCGCUGACCUGCCGCCGGCAUCAUCUCUUCAGGAGAUCUUGGAGUCCUCAAAGUCUAGCAUUGAGGGUUCUCCUCAUCCCGUAUACCUGCAUAACCUUGCCUCGACGAUUAUUCAUGAUCUGCAGUUCCAGCAUGACUGGACAGCUCUGUCCGUCCAUAUACAUUCGACCCUAACCAACGAUCCUCUUCCACGACCUAUCAUAUCCGGUCUCCCACCUAAAAGAGCUUAUAUUCAUCCAGAUGAGCAGAUUGAAAUUAUAAAGGAGGAGCACAAGACUGGUGAAAAGAUUAUACACAAGCCAGAGAGGGAAUGGGUGUUACCGAGUCAUAUCCAAGAGAAAUGGAGUCUGGCAAAGUUUGCUGCAGUAUUUGAUGGACUCGACGUGGUACCUUCAGGGACCGGAGACAAUCACGACGAGGAAGAAAAUCCAAUAGGCCAACAAUGGAGGGGCAAGAACAGACAGAAGAGAUUGCUCUUGGCUACUCUACACGAUGAUAGUACGGUUGUCUACUACAUUGUGCAUGAUGGCAUUGUCAAGCCAAGACAGAAUUGAGCGAAUAUGUCUAAUCAUUGCUACUUCUUUGCUUCGAACACCACUUUCUGGAUCUGCAUCUUGUUGAAGAUAUCAUAUGCUUCGAACACCACUUUCUGGAUCUGCAUCUUGUUGAAGAUAUCAUAUGCUUCGAACACCACUUUCUGGAUCU